UUCAAAGUGAACGAAGCCUUUUUCCCCAAAAAUACUCUCUCACACGCUCUUACCCACAUUUCUUCCUUCUUCUCUUAGAGAAACCCGGCGGCGGGUUAAUGGCAAGUCCCGACACGGCGGAGUCGACACCGGCGGCGGCGACGGAGGAGGAGGCUCAUCCCUAUGCUUUUCAUGUAUCUGGACCGCGCAAUGUUAUUUCUCCUAAUUGGCGAGAUCUCAUUAAUUCGAGUUGGAAGGACGGGAAUUACAAAAGAACCGUGGUUGCAUGUUUUAUCCAAGCAGUUUACUUGCUUGAACUAGACAGACAAGAGAACAAAAGCAACAAAGAAAACGCACUGGCUCCCAAAUGGUGGAUCCCCUUCAAAUACAAGCUAGUACAAACCUUGAUAGACGAAAGAGAUGGUUCCAUAUUCGGUGCAAUACUGGAAUGGGAUAGAUCAGCAGCCAUGGCUGAUCUAGUCCUCAUCAGACCCAGUGGUGCACCAAGGGCUGUUUUAGCACUAAGAGGUACAUUACUCAAAAGCCCGACGAUCAGACGGGACAUCGAGGACGACCUUCGGUUUCUCGCUUGGGAGAGCCUAAAGGGUUCGGUCCGGUUUAACGUAGCUUUGAAGGCACUAAAAUCAGUGGCUGAGAGUUAUGGAAGCAGCAAUGUCUGUAUUGCUGGGCACUCCUUGGGCGCUGGGUUUGCUCUACAAGUGGGGAAGGCCUUAGCUAAAGAAGGAAUCUACGUUGAAACUCAUUUGUUCAAUCCACCUUCUGUUUCAGUGGCUAUGAGCUUGAGGAACAUAGGGGAAAAGGCUGAGUUUGCUUGGAAGAGGAUCAAAUCAAUGCUUCCUUCAGGGAGUGAAACUACAGGGAAUAGCAGCAUGGAAGGGGAAAAGGCCAGUGGAGGGGGAGCUGGUUUCAAGAACUGGGUAGCAAAUCUAAACAGGUUGAAGAAUCCUGGGGUGGGAAUUGGGAAGUGGGUCCCACAUAUAUAUGUAAAUAAUAGUGAUUAUAUAUGCUGUUCAUAUACUGAAUCAGAUCAAGUAGAGAAAAGCAAUGAAGGGAAAGAGAAUGUUAAUCCUAAAAAUGGGAAAGCAGCUGCAGCAGCUGCAGCAGCGAAGUUGUUUGUGAUGUCUAAGGGAAAGCAGAAGUUUCUUGAAGCUCAUGGAUUGGAACAAUGGUGGUCUGAUGAUUUGCAGCUUCAGCUAGCUCUUCAUGAUAGCAAGCUUAUAAGCAGGCAGCUUAGGUCUCUGUACCCUAUGUCAACAGGACAGCCAAUACAGGGAAAUCUUUAUGGAAUUUUGUGGCUAAAUAACUCGUUUUUUACUUUGGGAUAUGUCGGUAUAGUUCUUUGGGUGUCGUGUCUCGUGUUUGUUGCUUCAUUUGGAUUGUGUUCAUCGUGAAUAUAUGAGGUUUCUCUUCGUGAUUUUUU